UCAGGCAGAGCUUCUGCAGGUUGUUCUCCGCCCAAUGACACUUCCUGAGGAGAUUGGGGCGAGUGAGGCCUUCCCCCACCCCACCACCAAUUUGGCCACAAGCCCCUACAAAGGAUUGCAAGGACUGUUGAAAGGAUUAUCGGAGUAUCUCUUCUACCUAUUGGAGAUAUUUAUCAGGGUAAAACUCUGGGCUUCCGCCUUUGGAGGUGAAAUCAAGUCUAUUUCAGCUAAAUAUUCGGGUUCGCAAUUCCUGCAGAAGAAAUAUAAAGAGCAUGAAAAGACUGUCACUGUUAAGGAAAUAGAUGGACUCCAGCUUGUCAAGAAACUGGCAAAGGAUAUGGAACAAAUGUUUCAUAAUAAAGCUGAAGCUGUACGACGCCUUGUUGAAGCUGCUGAAAAUGCUCAUUUGCAGCAUGAAUAUAAUUCAGAUUUGGAGUAUGAAUACUUCAAUGCUGUUUUAAUAAACGAAAAAGAUGAAAAUGGCAACUACGUGGAACUUGGGAAGGAAUUUAUUUUGGAGCCUAAUGAACAUUUUAAUAACUUGCCUGUCAAUAUCAGCUUAAGUGAUGUCCAAAUACCCACCAACAAGUACAACAAAGAUCCCGCUAUAGUAAAUGGAGUUUCUUGGUCUGAAGCAUUAAACAAAGUUUUUGUUGACAAUUUUGAACGAGAUCCUUCAUUAAUAUGGCAAUAUUUUGGAAGUGCCAAUGGAUUUUUCAGACAAUAUCCAGGCAUAAAAUGGGAGCCAGAUGAAAAUGGAGUCAUUGCAUUUGACUGCAGGAACCGCAAAUGGUAUAUCCAGGCAGCCACUUCACCCAAAGAUGUUAUCAUCUUGGUUGAUGUCAGUGGAAGUAUGAAAGGGCUUCGCAUGACAAUAGCCAAACAAACUGUUUCUUCUAUCCUCGACACACUCGGAGAUGAUGACUUUUUCAAUAUCAUUGCAUACAAUGAAGAGCUUCAUUAUGUGGAACCUUGCUUAAAUAACACUUUAGUGCAAGCAGACAGGAACAACAAAGAGCAUUUCAGAGAACACCUUGAUACCCUAAAUGCAAAGGGAAUUGGAAUGCUGGGCUUCGCUCUGACUGAGGCUUUCAUACUUCUGAAUCAGUUUAACAGCACAGGUCAUGGAAGUAGUUGCAGCCAAGCUAUUAUGCUUGUUACUGAUGGAGCUGUGGAUACAUAUGAUUCUGUUUUUGCAAAAUACAACUGGCCUGAUCGAAAGGUGCGUAUAUUUGCUUAUUUGAUUGGACGUGAAGCUGUGUUUUCUGAAAAUCUGAAAUGGAUGGCUUGUGCAAAUAAAGGAUAUUUCACUCAAAUUUCCACUCUGGCUGAUGUGCAAGAAAAUGUGAUGGAAUACCUUCAUGUUCUAAGCAGGCCAAAGGUGAUCGACCAGGAGCAUGAUAUCGUGUGGACUGAAGCCUAUAUUGACAGCACUCUCCCACAGGCUAAGCAGUGUUGUUCCAGCAUCAAGCAAAAUUGGCCAAUGCAGGAAGACGGAAGUUUCCCUGAACCUACUAGCAGUCUGACGACGGAUUCGGAUCGCGUUCUAAUGACGACGAUUGCAAUGCCAGUAUUUAGCAAGAAAAAUGAAACACGCACUCAAGGUAUUCUUCUGGGUGUGGUGGGAACGGAUGUUCCAGUAAAAGAGCUUUUGAAGGUUAUUCCAAAGUAUAAGCUGGGUGUUCAUGGAUAUGCCUUUGCAAUAACAAACAAUGGCUACGUUUUAACACAUCCAGAUCUGAGGCCACCGUAUUUAGAAGGAAAGAGGAGGAUAAAACCCAGCUAUAAAAGUGUUGACCUUUCGGAACUGGAAUGGGAAGACAAGGAUAACAUCCUUCGCAAUGGUAUGGUAAACCGGAAAACGGGGAAAUUUUCUAUGGAGGUGAAAAAGACUGUGGAGAAAGGGAAACGAGUCUUUGUGAUGACAAAUGAUUACUAUUACACAGACAUCAAAGGCACUCCUUUCAGUCUAGGUGUGGCUUUAUCUCGAGGGCAUGGGAAAUACUACUUCCAGGGAAACGUUACAAUAGAAGAAGGUUUGCAUGACCUGGAUCACCCAGAUUUAUCAUUGAUGGAGGACUGGAACUUUUGUAAUAUUGAUAUACAUCCUCAGUAUCGUAACCUCUUUCAGCUUGAUGCUGUCAAACUCUUCCUCACUGGGAAACAGCCACUUCUGCAGUGUGACAAAGAAUUAAUCCAGGAAGUACUUUUUGAUGCCGUAGUCACCGCACCACUGGAAGCUUACUGGACCAGCUUGGCUCUGAACAGAUCUGAAAAUGCUGAUAAAGGAGUUGAAGUUUCUUUCUUGGGAACUCGUACAGGCCUAAGCCGUGUCAAUCUGUUUGUUGGACCAGAACAACGUACAGAUAAAGACUUCUUGAGUCCACAAGACAAGGAAAAUAUUUUUACAGCAGAUCAUUUCCCUCUGUGGUACAGAAAAUCAGCAGAACAACUUCCAGGAACCUUUGUCUAUUCAAUUCCAUUUAGUACAGAGGCAGAAAAUAAAAGUAAUGUUGUGACAGCAAGUACAACUGUUCAGCUUUUGGACAACAGAAAAUCACCAGUGGUUGCAGCUGUGGGUAUUCAAAUGAAGCUGGAGUUUUUCCAAAAGAAGUUCUGGACCGCAAGCCGUCAGUGUGCUUCACUGGAUGGAAAAUGCAGUAUUAGCUGUGAUGAUGAGAUAAUAAAUUGUUACCUCAUAGAUAAUAAUGGAUUUAUUUUGGUGUCGGAAAAUUAUGCUGAGACUGGAACAUUUUUUGGUGAAGUGGAAGGAGCUGUUAUGAACAAACUAUUAAUGAUGGGCUCUUUUAAACGAGUAACACUUUAUGACUACCAAGCCAUGUGUAGAACAACCGUAGACAAUAGCGACAGUGCACAUAGCUUACUGGAUCCUUAUUAUGUCUUCUUUGCUGCAGUAAAGUGGAUAAUGACAGAACUUAUCUUAUUCCUGGUGGAAUUCAAUCUUUGCAGUUGGUGGAAUUCUGAUUUCACAGUGAAGGCACAGCGACCCAAACAAGUUCUCCAGCCAUGUGACACUGAAUAUGCAGCUUUUGUGUCUGAGCGGACAAUAAAGGAAACUACAGGGACAAUCAGCUGUGAUGGCUGCCACAAGUCGUUUGUGAUCCAGCAGAUUCCAAGCAGCAACCUCUUUAUGGUAGUUGUAGAUGCCAGUUGUGAAUGCAGUAUUGGGCCAAUUACAAUGGACCCCAUAGAAAUAAUAUAUAAUGAAUCCAUGAAAUGUGAGAAUCUCAGAUCGCAGAAAAUAAGAAGACGUCCGGACUCCUGUCAUCCUUUCCAUGCCGAAGAAAAUGCCAGAGAAUGUGGAGGUGUACUGGGUUUAAGAUCUUGCCGUGCAAUGCUGCUGCUGCCUCUCAUCCUUACAUUAUCUCAGAGGUGACAGAGACUCUUGUGUCAGUAUUGGCCUGAUGAAUCAUAAACUGAAUGACACAGUUUAAAGGAAAUGUCAAGCAGUGGAGAACCUCUUCUACAUUAUACAAAACAUUUGGAAUGGAAAGUAUUGGUGGAAUCAUACUGAAGAUAAAUGUCAGCACAGAAGUAGGCAAAAAGAUGUGCAUCUUAUGCAGAACAUAUACAGGUAUUGUCAUUAUGGUAACCAUAAUCUGUGAGCCUAAAAAAAUCACUUUGCAGGCAUCAUUGGUGAUUGAUUGUUUUGAGCCUUGCCUUAUCCUUAAAGAAAUUGGACAUGUUUGUGUACAUUUUUAAAUAAAUUAUCUUUUGAAAACUGCAGGUUCAAUGUAGCAUGGAGUACCUUUUCUUGUGUCAGUUGUUAACUCUAUAUUUCAUGGUUGUAUUGAUUUUUUUCUGCAUAUCACUUGUAUAUGACUUUACUAUAAAGGAAACUUGUUGUUUCUGUGCAAAAAAAAACUGUUUACAGUGCUAAAAUAUGUUCGAUUAGUUGCUAGAGUCCUGAUAGAAAUAGAUAUGGAAUGCAAAAUCACCUCUUCGGCAGUCUUUUAAAAGCAAAAAUGAAUUAACUAAUUAUUGCAUCAACCUAUGUUUCAAUAGAAAUGUUUAUUUGUUCAAACUAGCAACUUGUUGCUUUAUUGAAGGUCUACAUUUCCAUAAUCCAAAACCUAGGAAUAUUGUAGCAAGGGUAAUUCUUAGUUAAUUUUAAAAAGUGUUCAUUGCAGCUUUCCAAAUAUGCACGUUUUGUAUGAUAUGCCCAGUAAUGCUAAAUAUUAUAAGAGAGGAAUAUUGGAGAAAUGUAUGAAAAUGCAUAGAAUAUUUGAUCAUUCACGUAAUUCUGAAUAAAGAGAAAUAUUGUAAUGCUAUUGUUU